AUGCACCUGCAUCCUUUGAACCUUUUCUUCUUGCUGACGGCGAGAAAAAAUACCCAAGUUCCUAGUGCUGCGAUAUUCACCCUAAAUCGCGAGGAUCACACCAUGGGCAAUAUGAUCACUUGCCAGUUACUGAAGGAUCCACGAGUUUUGUUCGCUGGGUACAAGGCACCUCAUCCACUUGAGCACAAAAUUGUUAUCCGAGUUCAAACCGCACCUCCAACCACUCCGCUAGACGUGUUCAUUUCUGCCUUAAAAGAUCUAAUCAGCGAGGUUUCAAAUAUUGAGGAGCAAUUCAGGAUGGCAACGAAGUGA